CAUGUGUAGAUACCAGGAUUGAGUGUCCUCUAUUGACUGAUGUCCACAGAGCAGCUACAGGAGUGGGAAUUUUCUGGGAAAAAUGAUGCAAAGAUAGAUGUAGCUAGAAAGCUGUGUUAAAAUUUCUCAUACACCAUGACCAUGGGCAUUUCAGUUGGCACUGGCCAUAGUAGCUUUUGCUUCUGUAUUUUAUUCUUUCCCCCCCUCCAAAAGAUAAGGGACGAAUGCAGAAGAAAUUGUAGUAGUUUCAGAGACAGGUGUUUUUUCCCCUUAAUGGUUUUAGAUUAUUUCUUUUUCCUAAGAAGUAGAAAAGAAGAAACAAAAAUGUGAAAUCAGAUUAAUUUCAGUGUAUUGCAUUUCCUGUAAGUUCUGUAUAAGAAAAACUCAUUUGUCUCCAACUUGAAGUUAACUUACUGUUUAGUAACAUGAUUCACUUUUAAAUACAUCAAGUUCUUUUUAAACAUAAAAGCUUAUGAAUAGAGGAAUUUUUUGGUUAAGAGGAGCAGGGUUGUUUUAAUGAAAACACCUUGGAAGCUUUAUGAGUACUUGGAUUUGUGGUAUUCCAGUAUCCUUUUUGUGUUACAGAUUAAAUAUUGUUAUUAAAUAUUAUUGUUUAGUCUUAGGUAUUAAUAAUAUUGAAAUUAUUAAUGCAUUUCACACAUCCUAUAAACACUUUUCCACAUCUUGUACCUGGUGGAUUUUGGUUAUUUUGAAGACAAGGACUCGAAUUUUAGAACCAAAAAUUGUUUGUGCUGAUGGUGCUUGGGGUUUUAUUUCCCAUGCAUUUGAACUUUUUUUUUUUUAAUUACUCAAAGUAUAGGAAUGAUCUCGUUUUUCAGUUCUUCCUCAGUUUUGUUUCAGUUAAAAUUAUAUGUUGAAGAUACUGUGUUUUACCAGACACUCAGUAUUUGUUUUCUUCUUUGACAUAUGCAUUUUUUUACACUUGUUUGGCUAUUUCCUCACAGGAACUGAUGUAAUUUCUGACCUGUGGAAGCCUCCUUUUAAAAAUUAAUUAAGAACAUAUUUACGAUUAUAAAGUAUUGAUAAUAUAGUACUGAUAAUAUAUAAUAUUACUGUGAUAGUGUUAGUAAUAUAAAUUGCUUGAUUAAUGGAAUAAAUUAAAAAUUCCUAAGUGUUCUUAAUUUAUUCACUUUUUGUCACGCUUAAGAGAAUACCUAAAUCUAAUUUGUAAAGUUUGGUCUCUAAAUAACCUGAGUCAGUCAUAGUCUACAAAAUAAAGUUUUAGGAAAUAAUGUUUCUUUGUACUUUUAACAAGUUGUCUUACUUGAAAGGUAAGGCAAAAUUCCAACUGCAUAAUCCAAGGUUUCAAAAAUUAAACUCUUGCUACUUUGUUUUAAUGAAAUGUGGGAAGCCCUGCAAGCUUUUCCUAGCCAAGACUUUGAUACCCUUUUUGUAUCUCCCUCAUUUAUUUAGGCUGCUGUGCCUUCCAUGCUGUACUCGGAGCCCACUCUUGGGUUUUCUUAAAGGUGUUUUGCGAGAGGUUUUCUUUUUUCUAACACAUCAAUGUGUCUUGCAGGGUCUUGGGAAGACACUGCAAACGAUUUCUCUUCUUGGCUAUAUGAAACACUACAGAAACAUUCCUGGACCUCACAUGGUGUUAGUUCCUAAGUCUACUCUGCAGAACUGGAUGAAUGAAUUCAAGAGAUGGGUACCAACACUUCGAGCAGUUUGUUUGAUCGGUGACAAAGACCAGCGAGCUGCCUUUGUGAGAGAUGUGUUGUUGCCUGGAGAAUGGGAUGUCUGCGUAACAUCAUAUGAAAUGCUUAUCAAAGAGAAGUCAGUAUUCAAAAAGUUCAACUGGAGAUACCUUGUUAUAGAUGAGGCCCACAGGAUUAAAAAUGAAAAAUCCAAGUUAUCAGAAAUUGUGAGGGAAUUCAAGACUACCAACCGACUGCUAUUAACUGGAACUCCACUUCAGAACAAUUUACAUGAACUCUGGGCACUUCUCAACUUCCUUUUGCCAGAUGUCUUUAACUCAGCUGAGGAUUUUGAUUCAUGGUUUGAUACCAACAAUUGUCUAGGGGAUCAAAAACUGGUGGAGCGCCUUCAUAUGGUGCUACGACCGUUCCUUCUCCGUCGCAUCAAGGCUGAUGUGGAGAAAAGCUUGCCUCCGAAGAAGGAAGUUAAAAUUUAUGUGGGCCUCAGCAAAAUGCAGCGAGAAUGGUAUACCCGGAUCCUGAUGAAGGAUAUAGACAUCCUGAACUCAGCAGGGAAGCUGGACAAGAUGAGACUGUUGAACAUCCUGAUGCAGCUAAGGAAAUGUUGCAAUCAUCCUUACCUCUUUGAUGGAGCAGAGCCUGGCCCACCUUACACAACAGACAUGCAUUUGGUCACCAACAGUGGCAAAAUGGUAGUUCUGGACAAAUUGCUACCCAAGUUGAAAGAGCAAGGCUCAAGGGUUCUAAUCUUCAGUCAGAUGACAAGAGUCCUAGAUAUCUUGGAAGAUUACUGUAUGUGGAGGAAUUACGAAUACUGCAGACUGGAUGGACAAACACCUCACAAUGAACGACAGGCUUCCAUUAAUGCAUUCAAUGAUCCUGACAGCUCAAAAUUUGUGUUCAUGUUGAGUACACGAGCAGGAGGUCUUGGAAUCAAUCUGGCUACUGCUGAUGUUGUAAUUCUCUAUGAUUCAGACUGGAAUCCACAAGUAGACCUCCAGGCUAUGGAUCGAGCGCACAGAAUUGGGCAGACCAAGACUGUGAGGGUGUUCAGGUUCAUUACAGACAAUACCGUGGAGGAGAGGAUAGUGGAGCGUGCAGAAAUGAAACUCCGCCUGGAUUCCAUAGUCAUCCAGCAAGGAAGACUGGUGGAUCAAAACUUGAAUAAACUUGGAAAGGAUGAAAUGCUGCAAAUGAUCAGACAUGGGGCGACACACGUGUUUGCCUCAAAGGACAGUGAGAUUACAGAUGAAGAUAUUGAUCACAUUUUGGAAAGAGGGGCAAAGAAGACUGCGGAAAUGAACGAAAAACUUUCAAAGAUGGGUGAAAGCUCCCUUAGGAAUUUUACUAUGGAUACUGAAUCUAGCGUGUAUAAUUUUGAAGGGGAAGACUACAGAGAAAAGCAGAAGUUGGCAUUCACAGAGUGGAUUGAACCACCUAAAAGAGAAAGAAAAGCCAAUUAUGCUGUGGAUGCUUACUUCAGAGAGGCUCUUCGAGUCAGUGAACCAAAAGCACCCAAGGCUCCACGACCUCCAAAACAGCCAAAUGUACAGGACUUCCAGUUCUUUCCUCCUCGCCUGUUUGAACUAUUGGAAAAAGAGAUUCUCUACUACAGGAAAACAAUUGGUUACAAGGUACCUCGUAAUCCUGAUCUCCCAAAUGCAGCCCAAGCACAAAAGGAAGAGCAGCUUAAGAUUGAUGAGGCUGAACCUCUUAAUGAUGAAGAACUAGAAGAAAAAGAGAAACUUCUAACCCAGGGCUUCACUAACUGGAAUAAGAGAGAUUUCAACCAGUUCAUCAAAGCCAAUGAGAAGUGGGGCCGUGAUGACAUUGAAAAUAUAGCACGAGAAGUUGAAGGAAAAACCCCAGAGGAAGUCAUUGAGUAUUCGGCUGUGUUCUGGGAAAGAUGCAAUGAACUCCAAGACAUAGAGAAGAUCAUGGCUCAGAUUGAAAGAGGAGAAGCCAGAAUUCAGAGACGAAUCAGCAUAAAAAAGGCUCUCGAUACGAAGAUUGGGAGAUAUAAAGCCCCUUUCCACCAACUAAGAAUAUCCUAUGGUACUAAUAAAGGGAAGAAUUACACUGAAGAGGAGGAUCGCUUCCUAAUCUGUAUGCUUCACAAACUAGGAUUUGAUAAAGAAAAUGUCUAUGAUGAAUUAAGACAAUGUAUCCGAAACUCGCCGCAAUUCCGAUUUGACUGGUUUCUCAAGUCCAGAACUGCAAUGGAGCUGCAAAGGAGGUGUAAUACUUUAAUCACUCUCAUUGAAAGAGAAAACAUGGAACUGGAAGAAAAGGAAAAGGCAGAAAAGAAGAAACGCGGACCAAAACCAUCUUCGGCACAGAAGCGCAAAAUGGAUGGCACUCCUGAUGGGCGUGGGAGAAAAAAGAAGCUAAAGCUGUGAAUGCAGAAUUUUUUUAAUCUCUAAAUUUAAGAAGUAGUUCUUUAAUUUACGGGUCUUCAUAAGAUGUACUGUAUAAUGCUUAACUGUUUUAAAGAACAUUGGGUUCAUCUGUUUAUUGAACUAGAACAUAGUACUUAAUUGUAGUUUCACUUUUUUAAAUGCAACAGCUGUGCUGAAUUUUUUUUACCAUUAACACUUGAAGUAAUAAAUUGUCUUCAUUUAU